AUGCCCAUAUCCGCCGGUGCACCAGGUUUAUCCACUGCGGGAGAGCGCGAUAUCCGCGACAAUUCACUGGCCUUCAUAUCUACUCUCCGAUCGUCAGAAGUCGCAGAGGACGUGGUGCGGUCGCCAGGCCCUUCAAAUGGGGAGCUGACGAAAGCCAGUGUCCUGACGCGUUCAAAGCGUGUGUUGCCCUCUCGCUCUCGUAGGGGUGGACCAGGUGUCGGAAAUUGUGACACGGAUGUCAUGAUUAUAGAGACGAUGAAGAGAAGAUUGGAGAGCGAGCCCCUAAUUCCAGCUGAAACGAACUUCCUACUUACCACAAACUCGGCCUUGGUUCCUUCGACUGCUGUCACCAUUCCUUCCGAGGUCGAGAUCAAUACUCAGGCCUAUGGGCGAUAUUUUGACCGCCCAGAGGUCCAAAAAGCUUACAGGCAACAGCAAGUCAUUCAAACGCCCGAGUUUAAGCAACUUGACGAGGAUGCUCAUGUGGGAGGUCGAUUCAGACCAAGAGGUAUAGAAGACGACUCGGCUGACACAUCUGACGCUGCCUACGAGAAGCGACACAGGAAAUAUGAGACAUUCGAGAAGCGACAGCGACUGCGCGAGAAGGAGAAGCUCAAGCAUGAGCAGUACAAACUCAAGGAGCGCAUAGAGCAGUUGCGGGCCAUGGACACAACUGCCUUCCUCUCGCUGCCCGCCUUCGACUUCCCCCCACCUUCAGAUUCAGACGUGCAUUUUGACCCUGAAGAUGCUCCAGGAUUCGCGGAGAUGGCAGGCGUUCAAAUUCAUGGCACAGCGGCAUAUCUAGAGGGUGAGAGGCGGCGAAAAGCUAUGCUUGAUGUCGCUUUGAGCCUGGAGGAGCGGUACCGCACGCUAUUGCCACCAGACAGGAAAUGGCUGGAAAAGAAGAUGAAUAACCGCGAUAAUGCAGCUGCGUCAGCUGAGCCUGAGCACAUUUCCGAGGAGCCUUCUGAAGAGGAAUCUGAGGAAGAGGAGGAAGAGGUGGAUGAACUCAUAGAAUCCGAGGAAGAGCAAGUGAAGCCACCACCCGCGCCCUACCACGACUCUGACGGCGAAUCGGAGGUUGACCUCGAGGAGAGAGAUCGCCAACGCUCUAAAGGGCUCAAACUCCGAAUUAAAUUCCCUCCCAGGACAGCAUCCCAACUUAAGGAUGCGCUGGCCAAGCAGACUACCAAGAAAAAGAAACAAAUGACCCUUUCCUCGUUCAUGGCCAAGAACGGAAUAGGAGGAGGCAAGAAUAUCAUUCUUCAUCCUCCUCCGAGCAGAACCUCCGCUACAUCAUCAAUUGUCCCCGCAUCCCCCACCCCCUCACGCAUUCGCGCAUCUGACGGACGGUUCCUAGCAAACGGUGCUUCAGCAUCCGCAUCUGUUAAGAUUCCGCCGCGAAAGCGUCAGCGGACCAACAGCUCCGCCUCUGCCACUGCCGCACGAGCACCGAGCCAUGCGUCUAUUUCCGCGCCCGCUGGAAGGUUUCACGUGUCGCAUGCUCACGCAUCUCACAAGCGGGAGCAGUCGCCGUGUGUACUGAUGAUCUCGGCCAUACGCAAUUCUGCAGCGCCGAACGUGCGUAAGACGCAGCGGCAUGUCCUAGCGUUCGGAGCGCGGGUCCCGCCGGAGAUUGAGGAGGUGCGUGACUUCGAGAUCCCAGAGUGGGUGCACGCCUCGGAAUGGUCAAGACACGGAAGUGUGGUGAGCGACGAGUUCCCACAUCAUCUCGAGAAUGAAAGUGGGGACAUAGAACCUGGCGAUUAUCAGGAUCAGAACGGUGCACACGCCGAAGGUGAAGAGGAUGUGAAACGGGAAUCUACGGUCUCCUCAAAUGGCGGGCCUUUCAUUGCCGAUGACGAUGUCGUACAAAUCGCGGUUCUUGAGUAG